AUAUGUCUGAACAAAAUGUUAAUACCACUAAGAUAUUUCAUAAACAACUAUCCAACUCCGACUACAGGUGGGAGUAUGAGUAUUAUGAAUAUACACCAGUUUCCUUUGAAGGACUGAAGGCUCACAAGUAUUCUAUUGUGAUUGGAUUCUGGGUUGGCCUAGCUGUCUUUGUUAUUUUUAUGUUUUUUGUUUUGACUUUGUUGAUGAAGACAGGAGCUCCACACCAAGAAAAUGUGGAUCCAUCUGAAAAGAGAUUCCAAAAGAACAGCUUUAAAACAAAUUUUGGUAGAACAUUAGAAGAUGAUAGAAUCUUCUCCCAGCAAGGAGUAGAAGACCCUAGGCCACUAUUUCAUUGCUUUACAAAUGAAGUUGAUCAGUCAGACAGAACAAAAACUAACCUAUCAAUGGACAACAGUAUUCUCAUUCAUCAGACUGUUAGAAACUUGACAGUUGAGGAGGAUCUGAACGGUCUAGCAAAAUUCAGCAUACCAAACUUUGUGAACACUGACCAAAACUCAUCCUCAGCUGAUGAGGAGCUCCUGAUUUAUGACCCACCAAUUAUUUUAGAAAAUGAACCAGCUUGUUCAAACCAGCCUAACAUCAUAAACUGA